AAUCAGAAAAACCAUUCAUUCCCGGAGAUCCCAAAAAAUGAAGGGCGACUCUCUGGCACCGGGACUGGUGAUAUCCACGACGGAGCCGAUCCUCUCCUUCCUCGCCUCGGCCUCCACCGACCCACACCUCUCCAAGGAGCUCCAACAAACCGCCGCCCAGCUCUCCUCCAAAUCCAACGUCCCCUACCGCGCCGUCCGCGCCCUCUGGGUCGCCUCCCACGCCUCCACCCGGCCCCACCUCCUCCACCUCUUCUCCGGCUCCGGCUUCGUCUUCACCAGCCCCCCUCCCCGAGAGAAGAGUGAGGAGUUGAAGGCGAGGCUGAAGAAGCUGGCGGAGAUGUCGGAGAGGAGUGCCUAUGCAGAGCUGGUGAAGGAUAUAACGCCUCGAAAAGACGACGCGGCGGAGCCUUUCUCGAGUUACAAGGAUCAAUUGGGCUUUGGUUUACACGUAGUGGUGACCAUGUUUACCGGCUAUUUGGUUGGAUAUGCUGCAUUCAGAGCAUUGUUUAGCCACAGUCCUGUGAUGAAUGCUGCUGGAGGGAUUCUUGGAUUGGUCAUUGGCAUGCUCGUAGAAACACUUAUUUUCAUAAUUCAAGCUUCCCGCUAUGAUAUUAAAUCAACAUCAACUUCAACUUCAACUUCUUCUACAUCCAAGCUAAAGAAAAAUCAGUAGAUUUGGUCUUUACAGGUACUAUUGUGCAUAAAGAACUCAAGACUCCUAGUUUGCUCUAUGGGAAGCUUGUGAGUUCCCAUAGAUUCUUGUACUUCUAAAUAUUGAUUUUAGAGCUGAUUACCAGUUGCUAGACAUCAUGGGUGGUCAUUAGGAUUGAUUGAGUUUCGUUACGCCGUGUUGAAGGCAGAAGGGAAUCAUUUGGGGCCAAAUAUGAGGGUGAAUUUAUGUGUGUAUAUUUGGUGCAUGUUUUGUUCUAGUACAAAAGAACUGUGUAGCUUUCUUUCUUUUUUGGCCAGUAAUUCUUGUAUUCUGAAGAAAAAUAAACAUCCAGAUUUUGUUCAUAUUAUUCAGUAUGUAGUCAGUACCCCAUUAUUGGACACAAUGUGAUUAUUGUAUUCAGAGUAUGGCCUAUUUGGCUGUGCCUUUCUACCGUGAUACCAAUUACAUGUGG